UAGGAUAAUGUUCUUUCAUAAAUUUCAGUAGUUAACCUUCAUAUGACCUUUUCUAAUGUAGCUUAUCAAAGAUAAUGACAGUUAAAGGGACAAUUAUAGAGAAGCAAUGUACACUGUGGCUCUAUAUAAUGAAUAAAUUCUUCGUUUUCCCCCGUCAAGUGUAGUUAAUAUUGCAGAAAAUAUGAAAUUUUUGUGGAUUAUUUCUUUGCUUUGCUCAUUCUUCCUUUUUCCAGGAUCUCUUGGACACAAGUAUUUUACAUUGGUCAACAAUUCACCCGGAACGUUUUACAUUGGAACACAGAGAGAGGUAUUAAAAAGUGGUGUUACAACUAACCAAGUUCAAGUUGUAGGUUCCCCGGUACUUCAACAGCUACGCCAGAACCAGUUUAGCUUUGACAUGGAGUUGUGUGACGGAGUCGCCAUAAGUACGGGAUCAUUUGUUGUUGCAGACGAAAUAUCCCCUAAAUCAGGAGUCAUGUUGCAGUGUUUUAAAAGACCAGAAAAUGCAUUUCACCUGGUGGAGAUUGUCGCAAUCAUGACAACAAACAGGAUUUACGAGCAGCUGUUUAAGAACAAAGUAUCGAUGUCGUCAUAAACCCUUCCCUGGGAACACUCUUCACUGUAGGCUGGUGACUCUUCAGACACCGAACAUGGAUCUAGGAAUUACAGCGAUAAAACGUUCCUCACAUUGUACAUUUUCAUCAAUAUUCUGUGUUUUUUGUUUAACAGUGCUUUACAAAUGAUAAAUCUGUGAAAAAUUAUUUUUCGUUCAAUUUCAUAAAUAUCACUAACAAUAGAGAAUAAUGUCACUUAUCCCCUAAUAUUUGUUAGCAUAGUCAAUGUAUAUGACCGAGUAAAUUGUUCAUGUACAAUGUAUCGUGUUUGUAUGCUGCUUAACAUUCCCAUUUUACUUAGAGACGCCAAGGUACAGUUACCAUUUUUUUCUUUAAUAAUUCUUUGCUGCGUUCAAUAUGUAUCCUCAUUUAUAAACCCAUGCUUAUGUCACAAAGAGGCUUGCUUUUUAAAGAAAUUUAUUUGGAGCAUAAAUAUCGAUUCUUUAUAAUUAUCAUUUCACAACAUACAUGUACAUGAAAAAUAUAUACACUGUAUAAAUAAAAAAUAAUGGACUGGGAUCAAUCUCAUUAAUUUCUAUAAAUGAUACAAAUUUGAGAACAGAACCAAAAGAGAACCCGGAGUUGGAACCAGGUGCCGGGGAAAAGUAAGCAUAGCCUCUUCACGGGUUACACCCGAAGUCAGCCCUCUCUCUUGAUCAGGUAAACGGGGUAAUCUGUAGUCAAAAUCAAUCUGUAAACAACGGUAUAAAAUUUGUAUAGAUACCAGGCAUAACCACUCCCAUUAUUUACAUAGAUUUACAUCACAUAACAUUAACAUAACUACAAUAAUACAAAUGACCUAUAAGUGAGGAUAACGAAUAAUGAACAAUCUCAGAAACCCUGUAAAGAAUACGUAAUUAAGAGUAGGUCAAACACGGACAACUGGGCACAUUAGAUGUGGGAUCAGGUAACUAGUAGAGUAAGGAACCCCAGUUUACUGGUCACCCUGUAUCUUGAUCAGACAAACGAAAAAUGGAUAUGUAAAGGACGACUUAACAAUUUGUAUCAAACGCGUCAGACAACAAUCGACCCAAUGAAAGGCUGCAUUUGCAAAUUAGAUCAUAAUAACGACCGGAAAAUUUGCGGAAAGCUUACUUUAAACGAAACUGUUGAUACCCCUGUAACAUCAACUUGUUUGUCAGUAACCUGCCUCGGUUUACAAAUUGACCACAUGUAGAACAUAUUCUUGCGCAUCAAAUCAGUUCAGAAACAUAAGCACCAUAAGCAGGUGAAAAUGGAACAUUGCUGAAAGGCGAAGAUACGAGUAACGAAUAAGUGAUCAAUCUGAUAAAUCCUACAAGGAAUACAAAAUAAAGAGUUGGGCAAACAUGGAUCCCUGUACACAUCAUAGGUGGGAUCAGGUGCCUAAGAAGAGUAAGCAUCCCCUGUCGACCGGUCACACCCAACGGGAGCCUUAUGUCUUGAUGAAGUACACGGAGUAAUCCAUAGUCAAAAUCAGUGUGCCAAGAACGAUCUAACAAUCGGUAUGUAACACCUCAAGCAGCAUUUGACCAAAUGAUAGAUUAUAUGGGCAGACUAGAUCGUUAUAACGUCCAUAGAAUUUGCGAAAUGUUGAAACCUUUGUAACAUCAACUUAUUUGUCAGUAGCCUGUCUCGAUUUAAAACCUGAUUAUACACAGAACAAGAUCUUGCGUAUCGAAUCAUUUGAGAGAUAUAAACACCCAUCUAUUUUGUAUUGCUUAUAGGAGUUAUGAGAUUGAUCACUGUUCGUUAUCUUCACCUUGCAUAUAAACACCAUAUGCAGGUGAUAAUGGAAUAUUGGUACAUAAAUAUAGGAAGUUGACGGUCGAGAAGCUGAAAUCAUUUCGUUUGUCAUAAAGCUGAGUUGUUAGUUUACCGUUAAUAUCCAUUUUCAAUAAAAUAUCGAAGUAUGAAGCAGA